UGUAAGACUUGCUCAGAGCCAAAACAAAUGACCAGUUCCUCUGCUAUCUAUAACAACCCCAACCUAAUCAAACCAAUCCCAGUGAAGCCUAGUGAAAACCAGCAUCAACGAACAUCUCAGCAAAGCAAGAAUGUGGAUCCUGAACCACAGCACUUGUCUUUGACAGCACUUUUUGGAAAACAAGAAAAGCCAGAUGUCUCAGAACCACUUAAUAAACAGCAUCAAGAGAAUCUUCCUGUUAGGCAAGGUGUGGUACGUUCACUGUCCUACGAAGAACCUAGCAGGCAUUCGCCCUCUGCAGAGAAGCAGCUUUGCCCUGCCAUUCAGAAGCUUAUGGUACGUGGGACAGACCUUCAUCCACUUGCUGAGUUUCCUGAGAACCGACUCUGUGAAAAUGGCAAUAUCCACCCUGUGGGUGAGACACUCACAGGACUCUUCCAACCUGUGACUUCUCAUGGUAUUGCAACAUCUCAUGUAGUUCAGGAUACUGCUGGCACUCAGAGCUUAUUACAGAAAUUACAGGGGCAAUCAGUGACUAAAAGGGACCCCAGUGCAACAGGAUCUGUGAACUCGACAGCUUCUUUUUUCAGCAGGACUCCUGCUGCUGUUGGAGCACCAGCAGCACCUGUGAACAACAUGAGCCAGCCACCUUUGGUGUAUUUCAAUGGUUCCCUACCAGGCCAGACCUUAGAGUCUCAGACCCUUGGUAAAGAACAAUCUAAACUUCCUAGACAGACACUUUCUCUCUCUGGCAAUCAAGCAGCUAAUUCUGGGGUGAUUUCACCUCAAGAGCUACUGAAAAAACUCCAGAUAGUGCAACAAGAACAACAGUUGCAUGUAUCCAGCAGACCGACCUUGGCAGCUAAGUUUCCUGUUGUUGCUCAAAAUACUAAUACACUGAAACCACUUGAUUCCUGGAUAGAAAAGGCACCGGCUACAGAAAAACAGAGCUCUCUCUUUCAGGUAAUUUCACCUCAACGUAUUCCUGCCACUGUGACUCCUACCUUGUUGAUGUCCCCAAUGGUGUUCACGCAGUCCACACCUGCUCUGCCAAAAGCAAAUGAAAGUGGGAGGUUAACAGCAGCAAACCAAGAACUUGCUGCUAGCUCAGCUAACCUUCUUCUACCACUGCAAACCCCAGAGCCACCCGUGGUCAACAGCAGCUCGAUGACGAAGAUGCAGCUGCAGGAAACACUUCUACACCUGAUCCAGAAUGAUGACAACUUCUUAAAUAUUAUUUAUGAAGCAUAUCUCUUCAGUGUGAGGAAGGCAGCAAUGAAAAAGUCUAUGUGA